AUGUGCGAUGACAGCGAAAAGAUCCGGCAAGAAAAUGUGAAACUUGUCACUGAGAACAAAGCUUUAAGGCACCAGCUUACUGUCCUCAAAGAAACUGAAGAACUCUGUAGCCUCAAAUGCUCCCAUUCUGCACCUGCACUCGGACAGAAGCCAAACAGUUUCCCAAUUUGUGGUCACUCCUCCACAGCUUCAGCAGAGCGAGGUGCCCCAUUGAGCCACUCACGAGAGCAGUCCAGCCCCAGUGAUAACCGGCAGCUAAGUCCAACCUUGGAGAUCUUUCUCAGACUUUCACUGUCCGAUGACUCCCCCACAGAGGGCUACAGCUCUACCCUCGGCCGACCAGAGCCAGCUAAAGUCCUCAGUUACUGUCGCACAGCUGAGUUGUUUGGAACCGGUCAUCCCAAUGUCUCCCGUGUCCCCUGCCAUGAAAUUAUGGAUCGCCAGCACUCCAACUCCAAGGCCCGGCCCACAGUCAAGAAGAUCUUGCUUUCAGAAACAGAAACAUCUGACGAAUCUAAAAAGCUGUUGCUUGAGGAAGGACACAAGACUCGAGUGUUUUACAUGAAUGAGACAAACUCCUUCUCAGGCCAGGAGAAGAAUGGUCGAGUGAUCGGGGAGAUAGCAUUCCAGCUGGAUCGGAGGAUCCUGACGCACGUAUUCCCAGAGCUAACCAGGCUGUACGGAUACACAGUAUCCAACAUUCCAUCGAAAAUCAAACAGACUGCUAUUAAUCCCCUCGACGGAACAAUGAACAAGCAGAAGUGGAAGGAAAUGAUGCAGCGUUACACAGCUUUAUUAGCAAAACUGGAAAAGCUCAACUACAAACCAGGCGUCCACGCGGGCCUCAGUGAAUUCUUGGUGAACACCUAUGGAAUUCUCAAGCAACGUCCCGACACCUACUCCAACGGCACAUGCAACCCUAUCGUCCUACGCAGGCUGUUCAUUGAUAUGGUGCCUGCCAAGCUCCUCCGAGACGCCCUAAUCCUGCUCAAUUGUCUAUGCGAGCUAUCCCGCGAUGACAAGAAACCUCUGCUUCCAUGGUGA